AUGUUGUUCUUGCGGCACGGUCUUCUGGCCCCUUUUCUUGUUUCGCUGCUGCUGACCGCAAACGCGGUCGCCGAUGACGCGAGAACAAGAGCACGCGAUGCGCUUCAGACCCUUCAGGGCUGGUAUAACCCCCAAAGUGGCAUUUGGGACACAUGUGGUUGGUGGGAUGGUGCAAGCUGCAUGAAUACCAUUGCAGAUUUAGCUGCCUUUGACCCAUUAGUAAUGGAUACAGCCACAUAUGUCUUCAAUAACACAUUCUACGUGGGGCCAGUGUCGAAUCCGAAUCCCGGACCUGAGACUAAGACUGUUUAUACUCGCGGCAACCAACUAUCAACUUCUGUAAAUGCCAGCCAGUGGCUCGAUCAAGCUUAUGACGAUGAUGGAUGGUGGGCCCUUGCAUGGAUUGCCGCAUACGAUGUCACAAAACAGGCGACGUACCUGGAACUGGCUGAGGGAAUGUUCGAGAGCUUGGCGAACGCAUGGGGUACCCACUGUGGUGGUGGCGGUCUUCCCUGGAGUCCGAACAGCACAUAUGUCAACGCAAUUACAAACGAGCUAUUUCUGUCUGUCGCAGCACACCUUGCAAACCGAGUGCCCGAGAGAAAACAAUAUUAUGUUCGCUGGGCACAGAAGGAAUGGGAUUGGUUCACAACACAGGCCUUCAUCAGUGAAAAUGGCACGAUCAAUGAUGGCCUUAUGGACAACUGCCAGAACAAUGGAGAUACUAUAUGGUCAUACAAUCAAGGAGUUGUCCUCGGCGGGCUUGUGGAAUUGAACAGAGCGGCGCCCAAUAACACAUAUCUACUCUCAGCCAACAAGAUUGCAAAGGCAGCCAUUGCGACAUUAGCCGACUCGAACAAUAUCAUCCAUGAAUUCUGUGAGCCGCAAUGUCUCCCAGAUGGGACACAAUUCAAGGGUAUUUUCAUUCGCAACCUACGGAAGUUACAGAAAGUAUCCCCUCAAGAUAUUUACCGAAAAGUGAUAAGCAGUUGUGCGAACAGCAUCUGGAGCAAUGAUCGCAAUGAGCAGGGACAGUUCGGCGUCAAUUGGGCUGGUCCCAUCCACGCAGUGGUAGAUGCGUCGACACAUAGCGCCGCCCUUGAUGCGUUGGUCGCCGCUGUUGCUGCAUUGGGUAACUAG